AUGCAGACUCUGGGAAAGGAAUUAGUGGUUGGAGGCCACACCCAACCAAAACCCUCACGAGAACUUGAGAAACAGGACUUGAUAUUCUCUCCAGGCAAGACAUCCCUGUACAGGGGAAACGUUUUGGAGAACUUAAGGCAGCUCCAGGAGGGAAGGGAGCAGGGGUUAAGGCGGCCCUCACAGCACGGCCUGAGAAGAAAUGACGAUGACCUUAUCCACGAACGGAGGCCACAGCGACACACAGCCCCCCUAACACGCAUGCAUACAGCACACCUCCUAGCCGCAAAGCAGACACUGGCAGCAUGCACACACAGUAACGUCUAA